ACAAGGUCUUUGUAAGUCGGCGUUCAACGCCAUGUUGUCACAGCGAUGACUCCUCUGACACAGUGGUGUGGCUUCCUGCGGACCACUACUUUUUCGUGUCGUACUCUUACAGAGUGAAGAAUACUGGCGAUAUCGGGCCGAGCUGAGCAGCAUUGCACUGCUCGACGCGCCCAACGCGAAGGUUCAGCUGUUUGGGCCCAUCAAAGGAUGCUGCUACCACUGCUCUUCACCUCUUCUGUACAAUUGGGAUGAGAUGUUCGCCUUUCGCCUCAAGAAUUGGCUUGGAAGAGCCAAUAACAUCUUCCCCGACGCCGUCACUCAUGCAACGAUGGGCGUCUACUUCUGCGGUACUUGCAUCAACCAUGACAGCUACUACCAUCCUGUUCAUGAGUUUCAGAUCUAUCAGCUUGACCUCAGCGCAGAAAGCUUCCCUGGAAUCAGGACUAUGGACACACCGAGAGGACGCUUCUACCCCUUUCGAGCCACUCUGGCGAGGCUUUCGGAGUUGCACCAUCCUGUCAUGAUCCCGGGACCAUUGGGCGACCAGUACGAACAUCUGCGAUCCACCUUUUGGCAAGGCAUUCAUUGCCUCGUGCAUUUGGACCAAACGCAGUUCAACCAGCUACCUCUUCCCACGACAGCUGCCCCCCACCAAUUGCUCUCGGACGGUCGACACGAUGCGCAGAUGCGGAUGCCGAGAAUGUCGCUCGAUUCCGCAAUUGAUCAAUCCACUGCACAGAUAUCGCAGCGCCACGUCUUUCAGCCGGCAGCUGCCAACAUCCCCAUCGGUUCGUCAGACGGGCACGGAACGGAGGUACGAGCUACGGAUGCAGAUUUCGCGGCAGUGCGACUGGCCGAAGCUUUCCAUGCGAACAAUCAAGCGCUUCAGCAUCCGCUUGCCACUCCAGCUGCAAGCGGUUCAAAGAGUGUCUCGCGUGCCACGGACAGUCGCAGUCCACACAGCGCUCUGACCCGAGAUACUUCGCAAAGUUCCGUCAGUCGUGACCCGAACCCAGGAGGCAGCCGUACCAUAUCGCGACAACCACCUACUUUGGUAGACACUGCUGAGGAAUUCGAAGAUGAGAUGGACGAAGAGCAGCCAGUCAAGGGUGAACGCAAGCAGGAAUUGGCCAGAAUCCGUAAGGCCCAGGACAAGAUCAUGCAAGACGUGAAGACCGAGCAGCUGAUUCAUGCUCUCAGAGAUUACGGCUAUGUAGGCACACCUGGUUUCGAGGCCGACGCAGAUGUCAGGCGCUGGAUCAUGGGAGACUGGAAGGGCAUGUACGAACGUGGGAUACGCGAUCUGGACGAUGUCGUCAAGACCCUUCUCUACCGAUGGACCAAGAGCUACGGUGCGGCUCAACGACCCGGCACGAGUUCCGGCUCGCCCCUUCACGGUCAGCCUCCUUCCGAUGGCCAUCAAGCAUCGCAAGCCCAUGCGCAUCCUCGCACAGAAGGUGAUCCUCCUCACCCACAGCCACUGCAAGGGAAAGACACGAAGGACACGCAGACCGUGCCGUCUGGCCCGGAUCCUACCGCCGACUUUUUCCAGCACGGCACUGGCCACAUGUCGCUCUUCGAGAAGCCCUCUGGCACAAGAAUUGAGCAAGUUCAAGGACUGGCUCCUCUUACUGGAGAUCAGCAGCAACUGAUGCCAGCCCCUUCAGAUGGUCCUACUAAGCUGAGCGGGGGCCCUCCCGAAAGCGUGGGAAGGCAACAAGGUGCCGAGGCCUGUCAUAGUACAGAGCCAGGCCCUGCUGCCUAUGAAGUGCGUCCACGUGACGAGCCCAGUCCUGUCGCUUCUUCGAGCAGACUCGCAGCUCCUUCUCCUCUUCCAGCAGAACACGCUGAAGAUGCUGAUGAAGACGAAGUGGUCGAAGAGGGCGAUGCAGAGGCAGAUGCCGAGCAAGGCCAGCAGGCAGAGAGCAGCGGCAAGAGAAGGCCCACCGGCGUCUUGCGACCCGCUCGUAGCAACAAGGGCCGCAUGAGCGAGCCAACACGACGAAGUAGUCGAGUACGAGGCGCCGACGACAAGUAGAACAGGGCGAAGGAUCAGCAACGAAGACCUCGGGACCCUAUGAGUGGGCCUGAGAAGAUGUGUACACUACCCCGAGCUCAUUAUCCAUAGCUCAUUACUCCUCGAUACCCUAGGGGUUUGAAUCCCCUCAUCGUCAUCACCACGGGCACAGGCAUUUGUCUCGUCACUCACUGUCUCUGUCGACUUCUCCUCGAUCCAAAUGGUACUCGCGCAUCCAGUGUACGGUAAAGACAUCACUCCUGUCAGGUUUCAC